AUGUCGAACAGUUCUGAACUCCUCUACCACAUCAUCCUGACCGUCAUCGAUUUUCAUCUCGACCCAUCGGGAGCCAAACGAUCGGUCUACAUCCUCGGCACACGCGCAGCACUCGAACCCGCCAAAGACUUAGCUUUCAGGGUCCUUCAUACACUAAAGUACAAACCGGAUGAUUUCAUCGAAUACGCCAUCCAUUCAAGCCAUACUGGAACCUGGGAUCAUGGCGAUGGCGUUCUCAUCUACGCUAAAGCUCCUGCAGGCCAGGUAUUUCUGGUAUCUAUCCAGGUAACACCCAACACCGAACGGCUCCUCGCAGAUCGCGAUGGCGCUAUUUUGCUACCCCAGGGGAUAGCUUCGCUUCAUUACGUGACGCAGACCGUCAUCGACUACAACAAAGAUCGGACCGGCUGCGUGCAGGAGAUGCAGAUAGAGGGGACCUUUGUUCACCGUGCUGAUGCCAGGAAAGCAGCAUGGGAGCUGCUUGACCCUCUUGACUAUGCGGAGUAUGACACGCCGGAGAAGAUGAAGGGGGAGUGGCCAUAUGGAGAGGACGUACUUGCUCACGCAGUCGCGGAGACUGGAGAGAACACCACUGUUGAGAUCAAGACUGUUGUCGAUACGCAUUACAAGCACGGAAAGGAUGUCUGA